AUGCCCAUCAAUACGACGCGGCAGACUAUGGACGCGGGUCGAGCGCUCAAGCUACUGGAUACUCUGUGCUCUUCUAGAGCCGAGCAGCUCAGCUUGGCUCAAGCGAGAUUACUCAUACAGAUUCUGGAUUCUGUAGGCUCGGAAACAUCGAAUUGGACCUCUUCAGAUCGCCAGGACACUCUACAGAAGCUCUCAGAAUCUGGCACACACCGCUUGCAAGAAUUGUUGGAAUGGUCGAAUAUUACGACUUCGACGGAAGGUACACUGCAGAGCCUUUCUUUUCAGUCGGGAUAUGCAGUAGUGCUCUCGCUCUUCACUUCGGACGCGCUUGUAGGGAGUACACUGAGAAAUCGUCGAAACUUGUUCUACUCGCUCAUCCAUAACUCAUACAAGGUCAUUGAAGAGACCAUUCGCAAAGCAAUGGACUCGAUUUGUACUCUAGCGGCAGCAGUAAAUGACAAUACCCUCUCAUCUCAGGCGCUACCCUUCAAGGAUAUCUUGGCCACCGUCACGAACCUUUGGACUGAAUAUGUACAAAUCUUCAAGAAAGCACCAGACGAACAUCCAAGCCUUCGACAGAUGCCGACUCAGCUCAAUAGGUGGCUCGAGGCGUGGUUGAACGGCUUGGCCUCCGACCCCAACCAUGGCGGAACCUAUGAUCGUCAAAGAGCAGCUAGCAGCAUAAGGAACGAUAUCCAAAGACUUUCUACGAUCCUCAACCGAGGCCAGGCGCAAGUGGCCGUCCCUGACGCCUCCACAACCACGGCGUCGACGUCAGAUCGGGACCGCGUGCCAACCAAUGAACAACAACUCGUGCUUCUCGUAAACGUAUGUGUACCUCCUGGUCAUUUGCGUCCUGAUGGACCGCGACACGACAACGACCACGCCCAGAUUGAGGAUAUUCUAAUUGCACCGACGCACAAAGAGCUGAUGAGUACCGCGUCCUCGUAUAUCCCUUCCACGGUUCACAACGCUCCGCAUCAUCUCGCAGAGCACUCGAUGGAUCGCUUGUUGGACAUUCAGUUUCGUCUUUUGCGCGAGGAACUAAUAUAUCCUAUCAAAGCCGCGGUUGGCUGCAUUUUCCGAGACCUCGCUCUACCAGCAACUACACCCUCGACUCUCCGAAACAUCAUCAACGACAAAGGUGGACGAUACAAAGAGAUCACACAGAGCGAUACCAUCUUCUUCAGCGUUUAUACCAACGUUGAGCUGACAGGUGUCUCCGUCGAGCGUCGCAGCAUCUCUGUGGGCCUCACUUUUGACAUUCCACCCGGAAAGGGUAGAACCAAGUCCGACAAAGAAAGAGAGGCGUAUUGGAGAACUUUGACCAAGCGGCGCCUCAAGACGGGAGCACUUGUUGCUCUUGUCUGGAACAAGACUGAAGUCCAUCUGGGUCUCAUCACGAGCAAUACUGACGACCUUGUGGAAUCCACCAAGAAGAGUGGCACACGACCUCGAAUCACAGUCGCCUUCUUCGAUAAUGCUAUCGAACGCUGCGCUUACAACGGGCUCAGAGCCAUGUCGUCUAGAAAAAGGCCUUCGACAAACAACGCAAUCUCGCCACACUUCUUUAUCGAGGUCUCCGUCCUCUUUGACGCAUACAAGCCAUUCCUCGAAGCGCUGAAAGUAGAGCCUACUAGCGUACCAUUCUCCCGCUAUCUGGUUCAACAUCCGGAGGGUGGAAUGACUGGAAUGAGUGUCGACCCUCCAGCGUAUACGACUCGUAAUGGGUUUCAAUGGAACCUAUCAUCCAUGUUUGACCCUCCACGAAAUCUUGCCUUGCGCGUAAACGACCAAGGUUCAUAUGCAGUCGUCGCCCAGUGUCUGAAGCAGGGUACUGGAACGAGAUUGGAUCCUUCCCAGGCUGAUGCCCUCCUGUCGUGUCUUACGAACGAAGUGGCAUUGAUCCAGGGGCCUCCUGGUACCGGAAAGAGCUAUACUGCUGUACAACUCCUCCGUGUGCUAAUUGCGAAUAACGUGCGUCCGAUUCUAAUGGUCGCCUUUACCAAUCAUGCACUGGAUCAUUUGCUCGAAUCUGUCCUUGCGGCAGACGUGACGAAACGGGUUAUCCGACUAGGAGGUCGCUCUCAAUCUCCGGUACUGCAAGAGUACACUCUGGACAAAGUAGAGAGGUUUCAUUCCGACUUUCUUCGACGAGGCACCAAUGCCGCUUACGGCGAGAUGAAGCGAGCAGAGGAAGAGCUCAACCGAAUCCUCGUGGGCGACAACAAACCAAAAGAUUCAGAGUUUCUUGCUCUGGAGACUCAUCUUGUGACGAUGUACCCGGCCCAUUACGAUCGCUUGAUCAUUCCCCCGGCGCAAGCCCUCGAACAAAUGAAUAAGCAAUCUAGUGUAGGUUCGCCAACAUUGGAACAAAUCUACAAUUUCUGGCUGAGUGGACGGGAUCGAAAUUGGGAUUCGCGUCGAUCUAAUAGGAAGGUACAAGCCCUAUUGUCCGAUUCAGACGUUUGGAGGAUGAAGCCUGAGGAGCGGAAGUCGCUCUCUCAGACCUGGAAGAAGGAAUCCAGUGAGGAUGAAGAAAGAUAUAACAUGGCUACGUACGAAAACCUGUCGAAAAACUACCUUGAGGCAAAGAGAGCGUGGGAGGAACUUCAAGCUCAGCAACGACUAGAAGCUCUCAAAAAUGCGGAUAUCAUCGGAUGUACUACGAACGGCGCGGCUCGUUUGCUGGACCUCCUCAAGGGUCUAGGUCACAAGGUUGUUCUAGUCGAGGAGGCCGGUCAGGUACUCGAAGCGCACUCUCUCGCAACACUUGUUCCGUCUGUCGAGCAUUUGAUCAUGAUCGGAGAUCCUCAGCAACUGAGACCCACAAUCAACAACUACGCCUUUUCGACUGAUAAUCCUCGUGGAGGUUACCUAUUCAAGUUUGACCAGUCUCUCAUGGAGCGGUUGGAUGCAGCGGGACUGCCCAUGGCCCAACUCAAUAUUCAGCGUCGCAUGCGACCCGAGGUAUCGACGCUUAUCAGAGGAUGCCUGUAUCCCAGACUUCAGGAUCAUGAGAAUGUGACAAAAUAUCCCUCGGUACGGGGCAUGGUCAAGAACGUGUGGUUCCUUCAUCAUACGAAUAAGGAAGGCGGAGACGGCGAGGAUUCAGUGUCGAAAUGCAAUCUAUUUGAGGUGGAGAUGAUUAAGAGUUUGGUUUUGUUCUUCAUCCGCCAAGGCGUUUAUAACGACCCAUCAUCCAUUGUCAUCCUCUGCACGUAUCUUGGGCAAUUGACCAAGAUUCGUGAAGCUUUGGCAUCGUGUAAACUGUCUGUCGUACUCGAUGAGCGAGACGAAAAGUUGCUAGCGGAUGAGGAUGUCCAAGAUGAGUCGACGCCGUCAUCCAAGGAGGUGGAUGUCUCGAAGCAGAUUAGAAUACGAACUGUCGACAACUUCCAAGGGGAGGAAGCAGAUAUCAUUCUCCUGAGCACUGUCAGAAAUCCAGGACAAGGUCACACCAAGGGUAUAGGUUUUCUUAAAUCUUCCAAUCGGACCAAUGUCGCUCUGUCCCGUGCCCGCCACGGCAUGUUUAUCCUCGGAAAUGGAGAUGCACUGGAGAAUGGGAGCGGGACGUGGUCAUCUGUCAUUCAAGAGCUGCGACGCUCUGAUUCAUAUGGACCAGCCAUUCCAUUCGCAUGUCAUCGACACCCAAAGGAUAUAAAAUGGAUCUCGAAGCCGAAUGACAUCGACGUUUUAUUCCCUGAUGGUCGCUGUCUCUUACCAUGUGAUACGAAGCUUCCUUGUGGGCACGCAUGUCUUUCGAAAUGUCACCCUGACGAUGGAGCGCACUCGAACGCACAAUGUAAUCAACCCUGGAGCAGUGCAAGUGCGACUUCACUGUUCCCAAGAUUACUUUGGACUGUGGGCACGAGCUCCACGAUGUGCCUUGUGCACAAGCGAGAAACAAACGUCGAAUUCUGUGUCCGACUGUCGUCGAGAAGCGUCUCAGAAACUGCGAGCAUACUGUCAAUGUGCCCUGUCACGAAGACGUACAGAAGAGAGCUUGCGACGCAAUCUGCUCAAAAGAAAUGGACUGCUGCUCGCGAAAAUGUGCCUCUCGUUGCAUAG